UUCUUACCUUCAACAUUGAUUUCUGGUUCUGCAUUUCAAAUGGAGGAAACCAAUGAAGGACAGGUCCAAAUUUCGAUACCAGAGAAACAGAAUGACAGACCGAAGAGAAAGGCAAACAAGAAGAGGAAGUUCUCCGUCGAUGAUGAGACGUCCGGCGAGAGCAAUAACAAUACCAAAUCAAGGCCUGGACUGAGAAGAGGGAGCUCCUUCACCUUCCUCACCCCUGGACCUCAAUGGGACUUCAGUCUGAAGCGGAAGAUCAGAGAGAAGGAUGACUCUGAUGCAGUCAGCCUGUGCAGCUUUGACUUCAAGGAACCCAGCAACAAGCGUGUCCGUCCUCUCGGCAGGGUGAGCUCGCUGGCUAACCUCAUCUCCCCCGUGAGGAAUGGGGCCGUCCGGCGCUUCGGCCAGACCAUCCAGUCCAUGUCCUUCCGGGGCGAUGGCAGUGGUGGCAAGACGCCGGGCGUGCCCCAGAAGCCAUGCAGUAAGGCGGCGGCGCCCACGCCGCCCAAGAGACGCAACAGCAUGCUGUGGUCAGAGACCUUAGACGUCCACCAGAAGGGCACCUUCUCCACCAAGGAGAUCAAGAGACAGGAGGCCAUAUUUGAGUUGACUCGCGGAGAACAGGACCUGAUUGAGGACCUCCAGCUCGCACGCAAGGCGUACCACGACCCCAUGCUGAAGCUGAGUAUCAUGUCGGAGGAGGAGCUGAGCCAUAUCUUCGGGGACCUGGAUGCCUACAUCCCCCUCCACGAGGACCUGCUGGCCCAGCUGGCCACAGCCACCGGCCCCGACGGCACCGUGGGACAGAUAGGACAAAUCGUCGUCAGCUGGUUGCCAGGGCUGAAUGCAUACCGAGACUACUGCAGUAACCAGGUGGCGGCCAAGGCCCUGUUGGACCAGAAGAAACAGGACCGGAGGGUGCAGGACUUCCUGCAGCGCUGCCUGGAGUCUCCCUUCAGCAGGAAGCUGGACCUGUGGAGCUUCCUUGACAUCCCCCGCUCCCGCCUGUUUAAAUACCCCCUCCUGCUCAAGGAGAUCCUCAAACACACGGCGCCCGAGCACCCUGACACGCCCCACCUGGAGCUAGCGAUCACCAUCAUCCAGGAUGUGUUGUCUGACAUCAACAUGAAGAAGGGUGAGUCAGAGAGCCAGUACUACAUAGACAAGCUGGAGUAUCUGGAUGACAGGCAAAGAGACCCGCGCAUCGACCAGUGCAAGAGUCUGUUGUGUCACGGCGAGCUACGCAACAAGAGCGGAACAAAGCUGCAUGUGUUCCUGUUCACAGAGCUGUUGGUGAUGACCCGGCCUGUGACGCGGAACGAGCACCACUGUUUCCAGGUGUACCGGCAGCCAAUCCCGGUGCAGGACCUGGUGCUGGAGGACCUGCAGGAUGGAGAUGUCAAAAUGGGUGGCUCCUUCAGAGGAGCAUUCAGUAACUCAGACAAAGCCAAGAACAUCUUCCGUGUGCGUUUCCAUGACCCGUCUCAGGGCCAGUCCCACACGCUGCAGGUCAACGACGUCUUCCACAAGCAGCAGUGGCUCAACUGCCUGCGCAGCGCCAUCUCCGUCCACCACCCUGCCGACGUCACCACGUCCGCUUCCUCCCCGGCAGCCGACGCCCACUCUAAGCGGCGCUCCUCCAAAAUCUCCAUCAUCCACACGGAGGAGGCCGACGAGAACUGCCCUUUGACGCCCGCAGGUGCAACGUCCGCCUCCAGUUUGCUAUGCGGGGACGAGACCCCCAGUCCCACCUCAUCGUCUCCCUCCUCAUCGUCUCCCUCCUCCCGCUCCUCAUCCUCCUCUUCAUCACCACUAUCCUCCCCGUCGCCCAAACACAAAACCAAAAAGGACAAGCGCUCACUCAGUGCCUUAGGGAAGAGGAAGGAGACCAUGGUGUAAUUAGAGGGGAGAAAACGGACUCCUUGGCGAGCGGACAAUAUGUUUGUACAUAAGGAGGGGGAGUGGGGGGCUGGGUGUUCCCUCCCCGUGGGACUUUUUAUUUAUGUGUCUGUGUGUUUUAUUAUUACAACAGUAUUUUGUGUUACUGUCCCCAUUGGCAGCUAUUUACUUUACUCUUCCAUCCCUCCACUGUUUGGUUUUGUCCACAAAGGGGCUAAGUGCAUACCAUUCAGUAUUCUGGAGAGGCCUGCUUGGCUUUCAGUAAUUAGAGAGAAGUUGUGCAUAUUGUCCUGUUUACUGUUUUAUUUUUUUUUUAUUUUUUUUUUUACUCCCUUUUUUUCCAAUCUGAACUUACUUGUAGCUCUGUUUAAAACAGCACUGUUUAUGGCGCAGUGCUUACUGCAGCGCCAGCUGUGCCAUCAGAGACUCUGGGUUUGCGCCCAG